CAGAAGAUACGUCAUUUCCAGGAAGAGAUUUCACAGAAACCAAAACACGUCUGGGUUAACAUGCUAGCUAGUUAGCCAGUCAACAAAGUUUCUGUAGUAUGGUGCAAAAUGGACAGUUCGGAAACAUCACAUUCUUCUAAAGUAGAAGUUAAAUCCAACGAAGAAACAUGGUGUUUGAUUCGAGUCGGAAAAGAUUCGGAUUGGCUUCAUUUGCCAGGGAACACGGAGGUUACCAUUGGACGUGGCUUAAAUGUCACUUACCAGCUCGUGUCAGCAAGCUGCCCUCUGAUGAUUUCUAGAUUUCAUUGUUUGUUCAGGCAAAGGCAGGAUGGGGAAUGGACUGUGACAGACAAGAAGAGUCUUAACGGAGUGUGGGUUAAUGGAACGCGAAUACUUGCUGAGAGACCUCACCACCUGUUCCAAGGGGACUCAAUAAAAUUAGGGGUACCUUUUAAUUCUGGCACUACAGUGGAGUAUGAAUACACAUUGGGCCGGCAGCCCUUUGUACACAUCAAACCUCACCUUGCUAAAGGACUCAAUGAAGGGGCUUGUGCAGCCUACAGAUCAAAAAAAAACAAGAGGAAAUUUGAUUCUGAUGACCUGGAACCUUCUACCUCAUCAAAGUCUAAGCUCUGCCGUCACUCCACUUCUGACAAGUCCUUGGCCCAGCCCUGCCCCAUAGACGAGCACCUAGAGAGACCCGGUCCCAAGCCAGGGGACGUGGCUGGUCCCAGUGUACAUGCUGAUGAACGACACCCAUCUCCAGGAAUGCCCAGUGUUCCUAGCAGUAAUCUGAGCAGCCAGCAGAGGUACAGCCAGAACGUGUUGGCUCUGCGUGAGCGGAUGGAUGACACAGAGAGGCGGGUGGUGGCCCUGGAGGGGGAGCAGGAUGACCCCCACAGAGGGGAGCAGGUGAGGGAGCUGCAGAACCAGCUGGAGGUGCUGAGGGGUCAAGUGCACAAGAUGGAGACGUUAGAGAGGUCCAUCAGCGAAACGGAGAGACGCCUCGAGGUACAAAAAACACAGCAGCAAGAAGAGCUCUUAAAAAAACUAUUGGAAGACGCCUUACAAGAGCAAAGAAAAGUCAUAGCAGAACUUGCCCUUUCUCGACAAGGCUUUGAAGAGGUUCUCCUAGCCAAAGAUAAAGAGCUGGAGGUGACCAAGGAAGAAAAAGAGAAAGCAAAAGCUCAAAGGGAGGAGGUAGUCACACAAAUGACUGAAGUACUGGAGAAUGAACUUCAGUGCAUUAUUUGCUCUGAGCUUUUCAUUGAGUCCGUCACGCUGAACUGCGCCCACAGCUUCUGCCUCCACUGCAUCAGAGAGUGGCGGAAGAGGAAGGAUGAGUGCCCCAUCUGCCGGCAGGCUAUCCUGUCUCAGACCCGCUCCCUGGUUCUGGACAACUGCAUAGACCGCAUGGUGGACAACCUGAGUCCCGACAUGAAGGACAGGAGACGGGAGCUCAUUAUCGAGAGGAAAGCAGCCAAGCCUGAGGAGGUGGUGGUGAUCCACGAUGAGGACACCAGCAGCAGCAGCAGCAGCAGCAGCAGCUGGAACAGCAUCGUCAGUCACCUGUCCAUGGACAGCAUGUACGAGAGCAGCUUCUGGAGCUCCAGCCCCUCCAACACCAGCCAGGACGUUGGCAGUGACGGCGACAUUCACGAAUACUAGCCCAUUUUUCUUUUGGGUGUAACACAUGUUGUGUUACACUCAAACAAAUUUGUCAAAUGUUUUGUGUAUUUGUUUAUUUGAUGUUUCAGAGAUGUUCAUAUGGAGAAGUCUUUUCUGGUCAGGAAGUCAAUGCACUCAUUGUUCUAUGAUACAUUCAGUCAUUGUCUUUUACCUGUAGCACUACUGUUUAUCUUUUUGUGUUCUUGGGGGGGGGUUCUAUGAAACUAAAUAAAUGUUUCACUAAUUUCAAAUAUCCUUUCAGACAUGUUAAACUGACUAGAAAUUGGUAUAUGUAUCUCACAACAACAAAUUGUUUCUUAUGCCAUCAGAUUUGAGGAUGAAAAUCUACUGCUUCAAACUUUUUUAUUUAAGAUUACUUCUUAAUAGAUGCCAGGUGGUGCAAGUAGAGCUCUUAUUUUAUGAGGCAGUACUUGCCUAUAUUUCAUGUUAUAAGAGUAGUCGGAUAUUUCAUUCUAGUGGUUUCGUAAUAAUUGGCAAGUUAUAAAACUGCAUAAUAUGCUAACUAUUUUAUCUAUUAAAAACAGUAUUUUCUGUAAUGUCCAUGUAUUUAUGCAAUGGACUGUCAUUUAUGAAUUUUUAAAGCACUGUAUGCGAGGUAAAAUGAUUAAGCGAAAAUGUAUACAGUGGCCAUGCAUUCUGACGCAUCAGGUAUCACUCUUUUGUUAUAACUUCACCAGUCUGAAAAUGCCACCUCCAUUCUUAGUCUUUGGUAAUUUCACAUGCAUACAGCCAUGUUGCUUAGCACCAAAUAUAAGUGUGAUGGCACAUUUCGCAGCAUCUCAUAUUGCAGAAAAAAUUCCUGUCACUGUAUAGAAAUACCGGGUGAUUUCCUUAUAAACUUUUCUGAAAGUGG